AUGGGAGCACCAGUGCUCCUUUUAGCCCUGACCCUAUUCCCAGUUGCAGCUGCAGCAAGCCUGGAACCAGAUCCUGAAUAUAACCGUAUUGCUGAGUGGCUGAAUGUAAAGUCAAGACAUGGCAUUGUGGAUCCGUCCUUCCCCCUGGCCUCUGAAGCACCCCUUGGGGAGUAUACCAUCUCAGUGCAACAAGACAUGGCUCAAAAAACCUUCAGUGUUGAUGAAUAUGUGCUGAAAAAGUUCGAAAUAAAGAUUGAGCACUCUCCAUUUAUCACUACAGCAGUUGAGGAAUUUCAGCUUAAGGUCUGUGGCAAGUAUACCUAUGGGAAGUCCGUUCAAGGGAAAAUAGAUACUACUUUUACCACAUUAUCCCAGUUCUUGGAAGGGGAUUUAUCAAGUUCUACUGAGAUGAGGAAACAAAACAGCUGGACAAACAAGAACGGCUGCACUACUUUUAUGGUGAAGACAGAGACUCUGGAAUUAAAUGAAACUGACAGCUACAUAUUGUGGUUGAUAGGAGAAAUGGUGGAAGAUGGAACAGGAGCAGAGACUAUGGAAAUGGCUGGAAUUCCUACUGCAAUGAGAAUGAAGUCUACAGAGUUUAUCAACCUCCAUUCGUUCUACAAAUGUGGACUACCAUACACGGGGAAGAUGUUCUGCCACAGUGACGAGUCUCCCUUCAGAAAUGAAAUGGUCUACCUAACAGUUGACAUCAAUGAUGAGGAGACACACCUGUCAUUCCUCACAGAUGAGAAUGGGGAAGUCCACUUCUCACUGCAUACCACCAGCUGGAACAACAUGCUGUUGAUGAAGGUGGCACUGGACUUCUCACACAAGGAAGAAGUUCUGACUGGGAAGACGACAAGUCUGGACCUCGAGGCUGCUCCAGGGACCUCGUGCUCUGUCCAAGCUGUUGACAAGAGUGUCCUCCUGAAGGAGAACAAUAUCCUAACAGCAAAUGCACUGUAUGAGAAGGUCUUUGAUGACAGCUUUACAAUUGGAGGAUGAAGGUUCCCUUAUCACUUGGAAGACUUUGAGGUACCUUGUCUGCCCCAGCAGUCCAGUCUCCACAAAAAGACUCGGAUGGGAGCACCAUGGUACCAAAGUGAUGCUGAUGUUUUCAGUCUGUUUAAGAAAUUGUGCGUGAAAAUAUUAACCAAUACUAGAAUCAAGAAACCAGUUUUCUGUAUGCGACCAGGCUUUAAGAAAAAGAUGUAUCCUGGAAAAGGCAAUGUUGUUGAAAAUCAUGUUGGCCAUAAUGAUUCUGCACCUCGCUCUGAUAACAUGAGGAAGCCAAAACCACGGACACUUUUCCCAGAGACCUGGAUUUGGGAUUUGGUCUCCUUCAGGGAUGAUGGGCAAGCAUCUGUCCAAGAUGCUGUACCUGACACCAUCACAGAACGGAACGCCAACACCUUCUGCGUUGCCGAUACUGGCUUUGGGUUCUCUUCUCUGACCGCUCUUAGGGUCUUCCAGUCUUUCUUUGUAGAUCUGUCACUGCCGUACUCUGUGAUCCAAGGAGAGACUUUCAGCCUAAAAGCCACUGUCUUCAACUACCUCAAGGACUGUACUCAGGUGCGCACCACUCUCACAGAGAUCCCAGAACUAAAGGUGGAUGCCUGUCCAGACUGCUGGUUCACCAGCUGCCUCUGUGCCAACGAAGCAAAAACCUUUAAGUGGAACGUGACAGCCACCAGGCUGGGCAAAGUGAAUGUCACUGUGAGCAGCAUGGCAGAAGAUUCACAUGAUCAGUGUGAUAACAGGAUUGCUGUGACACCUUUGCAAGGGGGGAGAGACACAGUGAUAAAACCUCUGCUUGUGAAGGUUAGAGGUGUCCUACAAGAGAGGACCCGAAAUGCCUUUCUCUGUGCUGCAGAUAACACCAUCUUUAAAGAGUUCUCCCUGACACUGCCUGCAGAAGUGCUGGAGGGAUCUGGCCGAGCCACUUUCUCUGUGAUUGGGGACAUCAUGGGCCCAGCACUUCAAAAUUUAGACCACCUGCUAGAGAUGCCCUUUGGCUGUGGUGAACAGAACAUGGUUCAGUUUGCACCAAACAUCUUCAUUCUCCAGCACUUGAAUAAGACUAAACAACUGGACCCAGAAAUUGAAGAUAAAGCACUGACAUUCCUGAGAACAGGUUACCAGCAUCAGCUACUCUACAAACAUGAUGAUGGCUUCUACAGCACCUUUGGAAAAGCUGUCAACCAGGGCAACACAUGGCUGACAGCUUUUGUAGCCAGGUCCUUUGGACAAGCCAGCUCUCACAUUUACAUCAAUAAGGAUCAUGUGCACAACACUCUGCUCCGGCUGCAGAAGCACCAGCUGUCCAGUGACUGCUUCUAGAGUGUGGGGAAGCUCUUCAACAAUGACUUGAAGGGUGGUGUGGAUGAUACAAUCUCAUUAACAGCCUAUGUCACUGCUGCACUGGUGGAGCUCCAUCUGGAGAAGAAUGACACCAUGCUGGAUAAUGCCUUACAUUGCCUCAAGAAUGUAACACUUGAUAAGGCAAGCCUUUAUGUCAAGGCCUUGAUGGCUUAUGUCUUCACACUGAGCAAGGGCAUGGAGAUGAGAGAGCAGCUCCUGGAUAUGCUAGAGAAGGAAACUGCAGAGCUCCUGACAUCACAUUCCAGUAGUGAAGAGUCGUCUUCUUCUAUGAUUGAGACAGUAGCCUACAUCCUCCUGGCUCAUGUCUCCAAACCAGACGUGGCACUCAAUGAAGCCUCAGUGAGCAAGCUUGUGCACUGGCUCAGUGGACAAAGAAAUGCCUUUGGUGGGUUUGCUUCCACACAGGACACAGUUGUUAGCCUGCAGGCCCUCACUCAGUAUGCAGCCCUGAUUCCUCAGGAGAUCAGAGAUGUAAAGGUGACAGUGAAAGGCAAGGAGGAUUCUCCAUUGGAGUUCCAUGUGCACAGGAACAACAAGUUGGUCCUGCAUCAGGCAUCUCUCCUUGCUGUCCCAGGGAUGUACACAGUGCAGGCAACUGGCAGUGGCUGCAUUUAUGUACAGACUACUUUGUACUAUAACACCCCACCACCAAAACCAGAAAAGGUCUUUGUCCUGGAUGUGGAAACAGUACCAAGAGAAUGUGAUGGUGUCAGGAAACAGGUUGAUGUCCAUGUAUCUGUCAGUUACGUAGGGGACCGUGAGACCAGUAACAUGGCCCUGGUGGAGGUGGAGAUGCUGUCAGGGUUCAUUCCUGUGAAGAGCUCUGUGGAAGCGCUGGAGAAGAUACCCCUGGCCAAAAAGACAGAGAUAAAACCAGACAAAGUCACGGUCUACUUGGAAGAACUGGGUGAGACUUCUCUGAAGCUUAACAUCUCAGUGAAACAAGAUGUUGAAGUGCAGAACCUGAAAGUGGCAACAGUGCAUGUCUACGACUACUAUAAGCCAGAUGACCGCACAGCAAGAGAAUAUGUUUUCCCUUGCAGUUCAGAUGUCUCGAAGAAGGGUUCCUACUAA